AUCUUAGCAGUAAUAUGUUGCCUUUAACCAAACGAAACGCAAAGUUAACGCAACGUUUCUAACAAUAAAAUUAAAUAAUAAUAAAUAAAUUGAAAAACUAUUGACUAAAUAAAAACCAAAAGUGGCCUGCAAUACCAAAUAGACAAAUAACUGCAAAUGAAAUAGAAAUGUGAUUCAAAUGUGUAAAAAAGCCAACAGCAAAAGGAAAGCCAAACAAAAGAUCAAGCCAAAUGGAAAUCAACGAAUCUUUAACAAAACAAUUAACUAGCAAUUUAGUCACCUAAGCUCAAAAGAAAGCGAAAGAGAACGCCCAAGCCAGACAUCAAGAGCAAGAGGAAGGAACCAAGGAAAAGACAAAGGAGGAAAACGGACAAUUGCUGCUGUGUCGUCGUCACCUACUUUGGAGUAGUUGUAGCACCUCCCCCAUCCCUUCUCAAACACACACACACACACGCACACACUCACACACACACACUUCAAUGACCAUACACUGAAGUUGUAUGAAAAAACAUUUAUAGAGUUAGCCAGAAGUAGCAGCAGCAGCAGCAGUAAAGGACCUCCAAAAAGGACCUCAACAUGGACAUCAAAAUUGAGCAGCAGCAGCAACAGCAACAACAACAGCAGCAACAACAACAGCAGCAGCAGCAGCAGCAGCAAGUGGAACUGGGUCCAUGCUCACCUUCAGAGGUGCCCAAUGAUCCUGGCAAAAUGUUCAUUGGAGGCCUCAGCUGGCAGACCAGUCCAGAGAGUUUACGUGAUUACUUUGGACGCUAUGGUGAUAUCUCAGAGGCUAUGGUUAUGAAGGAUCCCACAACACGUAGAUCUAGAGGCUUCGGCUUUGUCACAUUCAGCGAUCCAAAUAGCGUAGAUAAGGUACUCACCCAAGGCACACACGAGCUGGAUGGCAAAAAGGUCGAUCCAAAAGUAGCUUUUCCGCGACGAGCACAUCCCAAGAUGGUGACGAGAACGAAGAAAAUUUUUGUGGGUGGCCUCUCGGCGCCCACCACAUUGGAGGAUGUUAAAAGUUAUUUUGAACAAUUUGGUCCGAUCGAGGAUGCCAUGUUGAUGUUUGACAAGCAGACCAAUCGGCACAGAGGUUUUGGCUUCGUUACAUUUCAAAGCGAAGAUGUGGUAGACAAAGUUUGCGAAAUUCAUUUCCAUGAGAUAAACAACAAAAUGGUCGAGUGCAAGAAGGCUCAACCCAAGGAGGUAAUGCUGCCGGCAAAUCUGGCCAAGACCCGUGCGGCCGGUCGUUCUGCUUACGGUGAGUUGUUAGUCUGGGGCAGCCACGCAAAUCAAGCGGCGGCGGCUGCUGCAACAUCCGCUGCUGCUGGCCUUUUGCCAAGUAGUUUAGCGGCCGCAGCAACAGUGCUGCAACAACAGCAGCAGCAGCAGCACCACCACCAACACCACCACCACCACAACCAACACCAUCACCAACAACAGCAACACUCACAACAGCAACAACAACAACAACCACAACAUACACCUCAUCAUCAUCACCAUCAUCAACAUCAUCAGCAAUUGUUGGGGGCAGCGGCUGCAGCAGCCUCAUUACGUUAUACUCCCUAUCCCUUGCCAUCGCAUAUUUCGGCUGCAAUUUCAGCUGCAAAUCAGCAGCAGCAGCAGCAGCAACAGCAGCAACACCAACAGCAGCAACAGGCUGCGGUUGUCGUUGCCGCCGCUGCCCAACACCAACAGCAACAACAGCAGCAACAGCAGCAGCAGCAACAACAGAGUCUAGCUCUGGCCGCUGCCGCCCCCUCACUUCUGCCCCUCUCGAGUCCAGCGCCUGGUGCUGCCGGCCCAUCAUUGCUGCAAUAUGCAGCCGCUGCCAAUGUUAGCCAUAGCAAUGCCGCGCUGGCCAAUUCGCUUUAUGCCGAUGCCGCAGCCGUUGUUGGCUAUAAGCGUCUCUUGGCUGCCGCUGCCGUUAGCCAAGGCCUGAGAGCAGGACCAAAUGCUGCCGCUGCUGCCAGCACACUGGGCGCCCUUACGGCAGCUGCCGCAGCAACGGCGCCGGCAGCAGCCGCUGCUGUCGUCCAACAGCAGGCGCAAUUGCGUCAGAAUGCUGCACUGGCAGCCGCUCAUUAUCCUCUUAGCGAGCUGUUGGCCAUGCCGACGGCACUCGAAAUGCCAGGGGCAGCGGCUGCAGCGGCAGCAGCAACACUUUAUCAAUUGCCUGGCAUCUGACCACCUACAAGGCAU